CAUUUCGUGGUUGUAGCUCCAACGUAACAACCCCCAUGGCGUCUGCCGCGAAUCCGCCGCCCGCGCCGACGUCGGACUCGCUUCGAGUCGUCAUUGCACUCUCCACGCAUGGAAGUCGCGCCCCUGCCCAAGGCGCCGCGACCCUUUGCCCUGCGAACGCCGCCAACCUCAACACGUACUCUGUCCCGUUCGAGCAACUCACGGACAAGGGCAUGCAGCAAAUGGUGCACGCAGGCGCUCACACCCGGGACGUCUACGUUGAAUCCAAGCACUUUUUGUCCCCUACACUCAAGAAGAAAACUCACUUUGACGCGUACUUCCGCGCGGACCCGUCGCAGAGCUGCGGGCAGAGCUCCGUCACGUUCGGGUACGGCUUGUACCCGGACUCGACGUCGACGACGCUCGGAUUUCCUGUACCAGUCCCCGUCGUCAUGCAACUUCUCUCGAACGAGCACGACAUUGCCGUCACGCACGGGCCAUGCCGCGACACCCUCGACGCUGACGUUGACAACUUUGAUGCGCACAAGGGCAAGGACAUGUUGAAUGCGCAAGCGUCCGUGCUGGACCAACUGAGCACCGCUUGCGGCCGGCCCUUCGACGUGACGACAUCUCCCAGCAAGGACUUGUCUGUGAUCUCGGACAUGAUGCACGCGGAUGCCAGCCAGGGGCUGCCGUCCAUCUUUUCCCCAAAACUCGCGAUCGAUGUCCAGACGUUGGCGCUCAACCAGAUGCUUGGCCGCUACCUCGGCAGUCCUCGGCAAGUCACAUACUACCUCGGGGGUUUCCCCAACCUUAUGCUGUCGCAGCUGAACCAAGCGGCCAGCUUGACGGAGACAUCGCCAUACAAACUGUACGCGUACACAGCCCACCGCCAUCUCCUCCACGGAAUGGGAUUCCUCCUCGGCUGGAACUUCCACUUUGACGGAGAGCCCAAGGCGGACGAGUACAACACAACGGCGCUCCCGGCUGGCACGACGCUUUUCAUUGAGCUGCAUACCGCCAACGAUGGGGCCGACCCUGUCGUCGAAACUCACAUUUGGUCGCCAGAGACGAUCCGCACCCAGGUGAAACUCACCAAGUGCAGCGCGCUGGCAUGUCCGCUGGCCGAGUUCAAUGGCAUCAUCGACCGCCACAUCCAGCUCACGACCACGUGGCAAGAGUUGUGCCAGUACCAUCCCAUCAACCAAGGGAGCGCGAAUGGCGUCGGGACGGCGGGCGACGACCUUGCCUCCUCCAACUACUCACUCGUCCUCGGCGCCGUCCUUGUGGCGCUCACGUUGUUUGCCAUGCACUCGGCCUACACUCGCAUCAACCAAUUCCGCCGUCACAGUCAAUACCGCCCUUUGUAACACCCCCCACCACUUAAUGGAACUCGAUGUCAUUGUUGUGCUGGGUCCCA